UCUACAAUAAGCAGGACCAGCACCAGUACCCAAAAAUUCAAUUUCUUUUCUUUUCUUUUUCUCUAAACACCCUUUCUUCUUUUCUUAUUGUCACUUCUCUCUCUCUCUCUCUCUCUCUCUCUCACUUUUCUUCUUGGGCAUGCACAAAGCUCACAACUUGAACAAACAACAGCAUUGCCCCAUGAAUCAUUAGGGUUUAUACCCCCAAGAAACACAAUAAAGUUGAAGUGGGUACCCGAAAGAAGCAAACGACAAUGAGUGCCUCCAGGUUCAUAAAGUGUGUCACGGUGGGUGACGGUGCCGUCGGCAAGACUUGUAUGCUUAUCUCCUACACCAGCAACACUUUCCCUACAGACUAUGUGCCGACUGUCUUUGACAAUUUCAGUGCAAAUGUAGUUGUGGAUGGGAGCACUGUGAAUCUUGGGUUGUGGGAUACUGCUGGCCAGGAAGAUUACAAUAGAUUAAGACCCUUAAGCUAUCGUGGAGCAGAUGUAUUCCUGCUUGCUUUCUCUCUCAUAAGCAGGGCCAGCUAUGAAAAUAUUGCCAAGAAAUGGAUUCCUGAGUUGAGGCAUUAUGCUCCUGGUGUUCCAAUUAUUCUUGUUGGAACAAAACUUGAUCUUCGGGAUGAUAAGCAAUUUUUUCAAGACCAUCCUGGUGCAGUGCCUAUCACUACAGCGCAGGGUGAGGAACUGAGAAAACUUAUUGGUGCUCCAGUUUACAUUGAAUGUAGUUCAAAAACACAGCAGAAUGUGAAGGCUGUUUUUGAUGCGGCCAUCAAAGUAGUACUCCAGCCCCCAAAGCAGAAGAAAAAGAAGAGAAAGGGGCAAAAGGCCUGUUCCAUUUUGUGAUCUUCAGUUCUUCAUAAUGUAGUUGGUGGAGGAUGACAUGACUGUAGCCAUUUCCUGGUAGUCUUUGCCAUUCUAUAUCUUAUCAAUAUUUCCAACCUUGAUGAAGGAAUCUCCAUGUUCAACUGACCACAUUAAUGCUCGCUUAUAAGCAUCAAGCUAUUUGUCUUUGGCUGUAGGAUCUGUACAGCCAUAUCAAUAUGUUUGGCGUGGACAACUCUUGCGUUUCUCUGGGCUGUUUACCUGUUGUAUUGAUUAUUAAAUGGCCAUUUCCAUCUGUGGACAUGGGUUCUAUUCAUGUUGUAAUCUAAUCUAGGAAGUGCUUGCAUACGUGGCUUUGGAUAUGAACUAAGUAUAUGUAAUUAUGUUAGCUGCUUAACAGCCUGAAUAUAAUUGGUUUGAUUAAGGGUUCAUUCUUCCAUUUGUUCCCUAGUUU